CCUGUUAUCUCUCAUCCAAAUUCGACCAUGUAAAAAUUUCUUUCUAUUUUCUCCUUUUUCUCUUUGUCUUUGUACUUGUCAAAACUUUCAUUAUUUUCUUCCCAUCCCUUCUUGUUGUUUCAUGGAAGUCUAUUUUGCAGACGAAAAAAGAAAAAAAGAUCACUAUAGAAGUCAAAUGCAAAAUUUUUAAAUAUCCAACGAACGUAGCAAGUAGCCAUGCAUGAUCGUGAUGAUUUUGGACAGUUGAGUACAUUAUACGUUACAAUUUCUUGGAUCUAAUUUUAGUAUAAGGAGAAUAUUGAAGAAGCAAAAUGGCAGCAGAGUUAGCAACGAUCACAAAUAAAACGGAGGACGUAGUAUGUUAUUCACCAAUGAUGAUAACGACCAAUGGAGUAUGGCAGGGUGAAAAUCCACUUGAUUUUGCAUUGCCACUCUUCAUAUUGCAAUUGACACUAGUUGUUAUCUUGACUCGUAUUCUCGUUUUGAUCUUGAAACCCUUUCGUCAACCUCGUGUUAUUGCUGAGAUCCUUGGUGGUGUAAUUUUGGGGCCAUCCGUAUUAGGAAGAAGUAAAAAAUUUGCUGAUACAGUAUUUCCAAUAAGAAGUGUGAUGGUCCUCGAGGCAAUGGCAAAUGUAGGCCUUCUUUACUUUCUUUUUCUGGUUGGAGUAGAAAUGGACAUUGCUCUUAUUCGAAGAACGGGCAAAAAAGCUAUACCUAUAGCUCUGGCAGGGAUGGUAGUGCCAUUUCUGAUAGGAAUUUCAUCUUCCUUCAUGUUGCAUAAGAGUUCACAAGAUACUAAACAAGGGAUAUUCGUACUCUUCCUUGGGGUUGUGCUUUCUGUCACUGCAUUCCCUGUUCUUGCAAGAAUACUCGCGAAGCUGAAGCUUAUCAACACUGAAAUUGGUAGGAUAGCCAUGUCGGCUGCUCUUAUAAAUGAUAUCUUUGCGUGGAUUGUCUUGGCUUUUGCCAUUGCCUUCUCUGAGAAUAAAAAUAUGGCUUUGGCUUCUGUUUGGGUACUUCUCUCAAGUGUAGCGUUUCUUAUUUUCUGCAUUAUAGUUAUUAGGCCUUUAGUUGGAUGGAUGAUAAGGCGAACUCCAGAAGGCGAAUCCAUCAGCGAGGUCUCUAUAUGUAUCAUUCUCACUGGGGUCUUGAUAUGUGGAUUCAUAACAGAUGCUAUUGGAAUACAUUCUAUUUUUGGGGCUUUUAUCUUUGGCUUGGUCAUUCCUAACGGUCCCCUUGCCGUUACACUUAUUGAAAGGCUAGAUGACUUUGUUUCGGGGCUUUUGUUGCCUCUUUUCUUUGUCAUUAGUGGUCUCAAGACGGAGAUUAGCGCUAUUGAUGGAGUUGGUACAUGGGCCCUAUUAGUUCUGGUCAUAGUCCUAGCUUGUGCUGGAAAGAUUGCUGGCACAGUCCUUGUAACUCUCCAUUACAGAAUACCAAUUCAUGAAGGUGUUACUCUUGGCCUCCUCAUGAAUGCCAAAGGACUCAUUGAGAUGAUUGUGAUAAAUAUUGGUAAAGACCAAAAGGUUCUUGAUGAAAAAACCUUUGCAAUUAUGGUUAUAGUUACAGUGCUUAUGACUGCAAUUAUCAUCCCUAUUGUGACAAUGAUUUACAAACCAGCAAGAAAGUUUGCGCCAUAUAAAAGAAGAACAGUUCAAAGUACAAAACCAGAUAGCGAAUUCAGGGUACUGUCUUGCAUCCACACACCUAGAAAUGUACCAACAAUCAUCAAUCUUCUUGAAGCAUCUUGUCCUACCAAGAAAUCUCCAAUAUGUGUAUAUGUCGUCCAUCUUGUUGAGCUCACUGGACGUUCAUCUGCCAUGCUUAUUGUCCAUAAUACGCGAAAAUCUGGCAGGCCAGCGCUUAACAGAACUCAAGCUCAAUCAGAUCACAUCAUCAAUGCAUUCGAGAACUUUGAGCAACACGUUGGAUGUGUCUCCGUGCAACCCCUCACUGCCAUCUCCCCUUACUCCACAAUGCACGAAGAUAUUUGCAGCAUUGCCGAGGACAAACGAGUCGCAUUUCUAAUCAUCCCUUUUCACAAGCAGCAAACAGUUGAUGGAGGAAUGGAAAUCACGAAUCCAAAUUUUCGAAUGAUAAACCAAAAUGUAUUAGCAAAUGCACCUUGUUCUGUUGGGAUACUUGUCGAUAGGGGCCUAAGUGGAUCCACAAGGCUAGCAGCAAAUCAAGUUACUCACCAUGUGGCCGUGCUAUUCUUUGGAGGUCCAGAUGAUCGCGAGGCUUUGUCCUACGGAUUGAGAAUGAGGGAACAUCCAGGGAUCAACCUUACUGUAAUGAGAUUCCUUCCUGGAGAAGCUGCACUUGAAGAUAGAAGAUCAGAUUCAAGAAAAAGAAGUACGAAUAAUGAUUCAAGUGUACUAACAGUGGUAACAGAUGAUGACAAAGAAAAACAGCUAGACGAGGACUAUAUCAGCGACUUCAGGGAAAAAACAGCAAAUGAUGAUUCAGUUUUAUACAUAGAAAGAGUAGUAAACCAUGGAGAAGAGACAGUAGCAGCAAUAAGGACUAUAGACCACUUGCAUGACCUGUUCAUAGUCGGUAGAGGACAAGGCACGAUAUCGCCAUUGACAGCAGGACUUACUGACUGGAGCGAGUGCCCCGAGCUAGGUGCAAUAGGAGAUCUACUGGCAUCCCCGGAUCAGGUGUCAGUUAUUUCGGUGUUAGUUGUGCAACAAUAUGUAGGAAUGGGACAAGGGGAUCAUUCUCUCACACCAGAUAGUCCUGGACAGCAACUACAUGACCAUUUCAACCUCAGCUAUCAUCGGACGCAAAACAGAGGGCAGCAGCCUCAAUUCCAUACACAACCCUGAAAACUCUGUACAUAGAUUUUUCUUUUUCUUUUUUUUGGGGGGUGGGGGGUGGGGGGGUUCUGUCAAUUUUUCAAGAAAAUAGUGACAUUCAUUAUUACCUUUUUCUUCAUAUUUUUUAAUUUUGAAAGACCACCUCCCAAGGUGGAAGGUAGUAAUUGAAUCCUAUCGAUCCUUAUGUAUAGAAACUUACUGAUUGAAUUAAUAUUUCUCUGCAAAA